UUGUAUAAAUGUCUAAUUAUACUGCUGCUAAUUUUUCUGACUGUUUUUAUUUUUAUUUUUCCUGGUGGGGGGUGGAUUGGGAAGGAGAGGCUUUCUAUCCUUUUCAAUUGUGAAUAGUCCAUAUUUUUAUGCUAAAAUUUAACUUUCUCCCCAUGCUUCCAGUUAUGCUGACAAAAGGACUUAAUUGUUAUGUUUGAAUAUUUUUAUGCUAUGUGUUUUGCAUUUUUGCCACAACAAGAUUUUUAUUGAAUAUCAUUUUUAGUUUUAUAAUGUGAGUGGUAUUACUAAUGCUGUUGGGACAGUUAACCCCCCUGGAAUAGUGUUUACCCCACUGUGUGGUAGCAGUAUAUGUGGGAAUUGGAUUUUUUUUUUUUUUAAUUAGUUGAACUUCCCUUCAUACACGUCCUUUCCCCUACCCCUCCCUUGCCCACCCCUGCCAUCUUUGCCCCUUCGCUGGCAGUCAGCAGAAAAGAACUCGUCGAGAUGAAUUGGGCAUCUAAUUCUUCUGGCUUAUGGCCAAAAUUGCGUCCCCUCAUUCCAUCAUGAUGGCCAGUAAUGUGACUAACAAGACGGAUCCCCGUUCGAUGAACUCGCGUGUAUUUAUUGGGAACCUUAAUACGCUUGUUGUUAAGAAAACUGAUGUAGAAGCAAUCUUUUCAAAAUAUGGAAAGAUUGUGGGCUGUUCUGUGCACAAGGGCUUUGCAUUUGUGCAGUUUUCCAAUGAACGCACUGCCCGUACAGCCGUUGCAGGUGAAGAUGGGCGCAUGAUUGCAGGGCAAGUCCUGGAUAUCAAUUUAGCUGCUGAACCUAAAGCAAACAGAAGCAAAACUGGUGUCAAACGAUCAGCUGCAGACAUGUAUGGGUCUUCCUUUGAUUUGGAGUAUGAUUUCCCAAGAGAUUACUAUGACAGCUAUUCUGCAACACGUGUACCAGCUCCUCCUCCAUUAGCUCGGGCAGUAGUGCCAUCAAAAAGGCAAAGAGUAUCUGGAAAUGCAUCUCGGCGUGGUAAGAGUGGCUUUAACUCAAAAAGUGGCCAGCGAGGUGGUUCCUCAAAAUCUAGUAGAUUGAAGGGAGAUGAUCUUCAGGCAAUCAAAAAGGAGCUCAGUCAGAUAAAGCAGAGAGUAGAUUCUCUCUUGGAAAACCUAGAAAGGAUUGAGCGUGACCAGUCAAAACAAGAUACCAAAUUAGAUGAUGACCAAAGCAGCGUUUCUUUAAAGAAAGAGGAGACUGGUGUUAAGCUGAUAGAAGAAACAGGGGAUUCUGCAGAGGAAGGAGACUUGCUUGAUGAUGACGAACAGGGUGAAGACACGCUUGAAGAAAUUAAAGAUGGAGACAAAGAAACAGAAGAGGGAGAAGAUGAAGGAGACAGCGCUAACGAGGAAGACUCUUAAAUUCAUUAACCUUUCAUGUAACUCUUCAUCUGCUUGUCUUUCUGUCUUGUCUCAUAGCACCUUUCUUAACAGUCCCUCAAUCCAUCCGCGCUUUAAGCUUGUUUAAAUAUGCACCCUCCUAUCCCUCAGCCUCCAUUUCAUUUUGAUACCUGUUUGCGACUUCUAGAAUAAAAGUGUAUUGUUUUUA